AUGCGCGCGCUGGCGCGCGAGCGCGAGGCGCGACAGCUCGAGGCUCGAGAGCGCGAGCGAUGGAAUCGCGACGUGCGCGAGGCGCUGCGACGCGGGACGCGGGAGGAGGCGCUGCAGAGACGAUUGGAGGCGCUCGACGCCGAGUUUGGUGACGACGCGGCGCGCGCGACGACGGCGGCGACGCGCGGCGACGCGACGGAAGGCGGUCGAGACGGCGCGCGAGACGAUACGAUGCGACGGGCGUCGACGCUGGAGCGAGCGUCGAGGGCGAAGGCGAACGAGGAACGGCGGGCGAGUCGAGAGGCGUCGACGGCGGCGCGCGCGCUGGAGACGGACGCGAUGCGAGCGCUGCGAGCGAGGCUGUCGGCGAUGGAGACGCACGCGAUUCGAAAUAACCAGAUCGAGGAGAAGAAAGCGUUGGAAAAGUUGGAGAUGGAGCGGCAGCGCGCGCUGGAUGCGGAGAUGGAACGCGAGAGAUUGGAAGGGGUGGCGCGCGAUGAGAGAGAGAGAGCGGCAAAGUUGGCAAAGAAAAUCGCGGCGCGCGAGGCGCUCGACGCGCAGCACGCGGAGCGGGCGCUUCGCAUGAGCAAACGAGCGAUGGAGAAGGAGGACGAGCGACGGAAGAUGGCGCAGUUAGUGAAAAAGAUUGAGGCGGAAGAUGAAGAGGAAAGACGAGAAGCCAUCGCGAGAAGAGAGUGCGCGAAACGCGACGCGGCGAAGGCGCUGGAGGAGAAACGAGCGCGAGUCGCGCGCGAAGCUGAGGCGGUGAAGGCGUUGGAAGAGCAAAUCAUGCGACACGAUGAGAUGGUGGCGCGGCGAGAGGCGAAAGAGGAAGAAGAGAAGCGUAAAGAAGAGAAGCGUAAAGAACGCGCUCGCGUUUCCGUCGAGACUUCGCAGACGCGCGCCGCGCAAGAGCGCGCAGACUUUGACGAACUGAUUUCGCGAUUGCGAUUUGAAGAAUUUGAAGAGGCGUGUCGCGUGAAAGAAGCCGAAGAGCGCGAAAAUGCUGCGCGAAGACGCGAUGAGCAGCGUCGCGAAUACGAAGCCGCCGUCGCCGCGCGAGAAGCGAGAGAGGCUCAAGCUUUGGAAGAAAAGAAACAAUUUCAGCGAGAUCUCGCCGCAAAGCUCGCUGAAGACGAUCGCGUGGAGCAACUGAGCGCACAAAAGCGCCGCAUGAAACUUCUCGAACACUCCAGAGAGGUGCGUCGUUUGGCGGAAGAAAAAUUCGCCGAGCGCGAAGCUCGGCUCGAGCUCGAGCGCCGCGAACUCGACGCCUCUCGACGCGAGCGCGAAGCCAUGGAUGCGGCCAUCGAAUGCGGGCGCGAAAAGCUGCUCGCCGAAUUCCACAACAAAACCGCCAGUCUCGCGUGA